AUGCAUCUACCGGUGGGUUCCGUGGGCUGCGGGGAGAAUUACGGCAUUGGAUCUCACGAAGGCGCCGGCCCGUGCGGUCCCUCCCUGGCGCCGCUGCAAGGUGUAAACAGCAGGUACCACCAAGUAGACGACGCCGACGCCGGAGGUGGAGGCGGCGAAAUGAGCGAGAGUGCCGCCGUCGGCGAACUAUGGUGGACCGAAAGGCUCGUCGGCGAGGCGCAGGCCGAACAUCCUGGAGAACUGGUCCGAACAGGAUCGCCGUACUUUCUGUGCAGUCAACUGCCGACGCACUGGCGGUCCAACAAAACGCUACCAGUGGCAUUUAAAGUGGUCGCCCUCGGUGAGAUCGGCGACGGGACACUGGUGACAGUUCGCGCUGGUAACGACGAAAACUGUUGCGCCGAAUUGCGAAAUUCGACCGCGUUGAUGAAGAAUCAAGUCGCCAAGUUUAACGACCUCAGAUUCGUCGGCAGAAGCGGCAGGGGAAAGAGCUUCAGCAUCACCAUUACCGUGUCGACGACGCCACCCCAAGUGGCGACCUAUACGAGGGCGAUUAAGGUGACCGUCGAUGGACCACGGGAGCCGCGAUCGAAAACGAGGCAGCAACAUCAGCAAUUCCGCGCGCUCGGCCUGGGACAGAGGCCCUUCCUCGACGCGCCGACCUCGUUCAGGUCCCACCUGCGGGAACUCGAAUCCUUCGGGAGGAAUAAGCAUCACCAUCAUCACAGCAGCAGUCACUUACACGACCAGCAGACUGGCAACAACGUCACCACGAAUUCGGUUAGCGGUGCCUGCACCAACCCCAACAACACCGACCCGACCGCAUCGCCGGCUUCCAGUACACACCUCGGGGCUACCGGCGGCUCUUCCGUUCAUCAGGAUUGCUACAAACGCAGUCCUCAACACGGCGACACGGGUAUCGGUACUGCAGAAUGGACUUAUCCGUCCACAGCAACAUCUUAUCCGGCGCCUCCGGUCAGCAGCAGCGGUUCCUACUCCCCUUUACCCGGCGGUGCAUUUUCAUAUCCGGGGGAAUCACUGUCACAUCAUCCGACGACGGAACCGGUGCCAUUACCAACCGUGCUCCCUUCGGAGACUCAGCAGGACACCUACACGCCGAAUUGCGUGUCCAUGUACUCAGGACACGGCACCUCGCCGACCACGUCCUUGCCCUUGGUGCCGACCAGACCCAGCGACCCUGACAUCUUUGCCGGCGGUGGCACGAGCAGCGCGGGCAGCCCGGGUUACCAUUACAGUUCCUGGACACCUGGCCCGGCGACCCCGGUCCCAGUGGCUUCCCACAAUUACAACCCCAAUUACCAGGGUUACUACAACAAUCCGAGUCAGAAUUACAUUACGGGUCCGACGCCGAUGGUCCUCUAUCCCCAGCUCUACAGCACCGUCAAUCAAAAUCAGAUUCAUCUGCAUCUGCACGGCGAUCUGAGCGAUGAGCAGGUCACCAUAGCCGGUGGCAAUCUUACCAUCAGCAGCAUCCGAGAGAUCGGCGUGCUGGGCGAGGAGAGCGAGCAGAGAAACGACGUGUGGAGGCCGUACUAAAAGGACGAGUUCUGUGCGAAUACAGUUGAAAUUGUUUGGAGCGGUGUAUCGUGUGAAUUGCAGUGCGCGCGAAUCUCCGAAUGUGGCAAUAUGAUUUCUAAUUAGUGCUCUAACUAGUGCAACAUACAACAAAGACAGCGCGAUCUGUACCAAGUACUUUCCGGAAGAAAGACGUCCGCCGUAAGGUAAUUGUUAUAUGAAUAGCAAUAUUUCUUCGACAGUUACGCGAAUUAUCGGUGUCUAUAAGAACCCAGUUGGCGAAUGAUAUCCGGUGUUUCGUAGUGUGUCGCGUAUGUGAAAGUGAGAAUUAUUGACUCAUUCACGUUGAAACGAAGUGAGAUAAACUUUAUUAAGAAAGACUUCCUCAAUUUAUGAAAAAUUAACCAGUAAUGGGAGAUUUCAUUAAACGAAGCUAAUUAUGAGACUAUAAUCAAUGAGUGAAGAAUCGUCACUGCGCGCACAAAAGUGAAUAGCCUUUCGAUGUUUCGUAGUGAUCUCGCGUAUAUAAAAUUAAUUCAUUCACUUGAACAUGAAACCAAGUGAAAAGUUUUAAGUUUUUUUUACUGGAAAAAUAAAACUUAAAAGAAUCAAUGAGCGUCUAUCUGAGAUCUCGUUAAACAAAAUUGAUGAAAUUAAAUUAACGACUGUAGUUAUGUGCGCGCAAGGCGGAAUCUUCAUCCUCAUUCAAUUGUUUCUCGAAACGAGUUCGGAGAAUCGGAUCACGAGACUAUCGUUUCUGAUUCUUGAGCGGAGAAGUUAGUCAAACCCUGUAACGUUGUAAAUAUACACAUAUUUUCAGAAAUGAAAUAAAUUUUCCCGAUAGGUUUUUAAAUCCUUUCUUUUAACGUGUCGUGAACAAUUUUUCAAUACAAAGUAUCAAGGAUAGCCAAAUACACAUCUGAAAUUAUUCCUCUUAUAUC